AUGUCCAUCGAGGAAUCAACAUGCGAAGCCUACUUCUCGGCAACUACCACCAGAGACAAGAAUGGUCGAUUUGUUGUGGCAUUGCCAAAGAAGCCGGAAGUCCUGAAUCGUCUAGGAAAGUCCUACGAGAUAGCUGCCGCCCGUCUCGAAGCAAAUCCCGCUCUGCAGGCCUCAUACUCGGCAUUAAUCGACCAAUAUCUUCAGCUGGGACAAAUGAAGAAAGUGUUUCCGGAUACGCCGAGUACGUCUGUCUCAUUUUAUCUUCCACAUCAUUACGUUGUCCGCUCGGAUAGCUUAACUACAAAACUUCGCGUCGUUUUUGAUGCGUCGUCUGCCACCGACACAGGAAUCUCCUUGAACGACGCAUUGAUGGUCGGUCCGGUGGUGCAGGAAGACCUCGUCUGCAUUACAAUUCGUUUUCGAUUGCCAAGGUUUGCCAUUACUUCCGACAUCGAGAAGAUGUACCGCCAGAGCCUGGUAACACCCAGCGAUCGCCCUCUCCAACAAAUUCUGGGCCAGACAAACCCGGAGAACCUAUCCGGGUCUUACAGCUCAAGACGGUGA